AUGGCACACCAAAUCAAAGAGAUUAAGGAUAGAUUGGAUAAGGUAGCAACCGAUGGGACUAGAUUUGGUCUUGCAACAACAAGUGUUGAUCCUGGAUUUAUUCUGCAAAGGAGAGAAAUGACUUUCUCUCAUAUAGAUGCUUUGGAUGUUAUAGGAAGGGAGAAUGAUAGGGAAGAAAUUAUUAAGCUUUUAAUGCAACCUCAUCCUCAGGGUGAUGGUGAUGGUGACAAGAGUUUGUGUGUUAUUCCCAUUGUGGGAAUUGGAGGAUUGGGGAAGACCACACUUGCUAAGUUGGUAUUCAAUGAUAAGAGAAUGGAUGAUCUUUUUCAAUUGAAGAUGUGGGUGUGUGUCUCUAAUGAUUUUGACGUUAGAAAAAUAAUUAUUCAAAUCAUCAACUCUACUUCAGAAUCGAUUCCAUCGGCUCCUCUUGCUUACCAAGAGAACAUUAACAACUUAAAUAUUGAGCAGUUACAGUGUCGUCUUCGAAAUAAGCUUUCUAAGCAAAAGUUUUUGCUUGUAUUGGACGAUAUAUGGAAUGACGAUCGUGCAAAAUGGAUUAUAUUAAAAGACUUGUUAAAAGGUGGGACAAUAGGAAGCAAAAUAUAG